AUUAGUAAUUAUUAGAACUUUGAAAACACCAUUGAGGAGACAGUUCCACAGAGUCUUUGGAGAUGGGAAUCUGCAUAUCCAUUGCAUCUUCGGAGAUUCAUGAUGAAGCUGAAGAACAUAAUUGCCAUGAAAAUGUUCUCUACUCGCCUGAAAACAUUGGUUCUUUUGGAGUUCAAAGACUUGGCUCUCUUUACUCUAAACAAGGAUCCAAAGGACUCAACCAGGAUGCUGCCAUCCUUUAUCAGGACUAUGGGAUUGAAGGUGGAGCAUUUUGUGGUGUUUUCGAUGGUCAUGGAAAGAACGGUCAUUUUGUGAGCAACAUGGUGAGAAAUCGACUGUCAUCACUAUUGCUAAGCCAAAAGAUUGCUCUAGCAAAGCUCAAGACAACGGCGGAAAAGGGCGGGGAAACCGAUCCGAGCAAGGAUUUUCGUAGAUGGAAAGAGGCUUGCGUCAGUGCGUUCAAGGUGAUGGACAAAGAGAUUAAGCUGCAAGAGAAUAUGGAUUGCGCCACCAGUGGAACAACCGCCGUUGUUGUUGUUAGACUGGGUGAAGAUCUUGUUAUUGCAAACCUUGGCGAUUCAAGGGCUGUGCUGGGAACCAUGACUGAGAAUGGGAUCAAGGGUGUUCAAUUAACAAUUGAUCUGAAGCCGGAUUUACCGAGUGAAUCAGAGAGGAUAAGGAAUUGCAAGGGUAGGGUCCUUGCAUUAAAGGAAGAACCACAUAUCCAGCGAGUGUGGCUGCCCCAUCAGGAUUCUCCAGGCUUAGCCAUGUCUCGAGCUUUUGGUGACUUUGGACUCAAGAACCAUGGAAUAAUCACAGUCCCAGACGUCUCCUAUCACCACUUGACUCCAAAUGAUCACUUCAUUGUCCUCGCAUCAGAUGGGGUAUGGGAUGUGCUAAACAACGACCAAGUUGCAUCCAUAGUGAUGGAGGCAAAAAGUGAACAUGAAGCGGCAAGGACAGUGGUGGAGGCAGCCACAGCCUCGUGGAAGAGGAAGUUUCCGUCUUCAAAAGUGGAUGAUUGUACGGCGGUCUGUCUCUUCCUCCAAAACAAGCGACAUCCUAGUUUCUUGCCCGAGGAGACCUAAACUAGUCGGUCGACCUCCGUAUUUAUAUAAAAUUGGUGGA